UUUGAUCAGUUAGUUUUAGUUUUAAAUUUAUUUCAAAUAUUUUCCUUACUUUAAAUAGUUCCUAAAAUAAGAAAAAGAAAAAAAGGGGAACACACAGAAAUUAUCCUUUCCCAAAUUUCCCCUCCUGCUUUCCACAAAUUCCCCCUCCUGCUUUUCCCCCAAAUACCGGUUCCCUCCAUUUUUUUUUUUUUUUUUUGAUUAAAUCAGAUUCCGUCCCCCACAUCCCAUUCCCCUCGGAUUCAUGCCAAAUUGCAGUUCUCUCCCUCUUGUUUCAUUUCAUGCCAAAAAACGAACUGUUUUUUAGGGUUUAAUUUCAUUCUUUAGUUUUCUCUGUAUUUUGGUGGGUAUUACUUACAUUGUUUUAAUCUCUUGUGAAGUAUCCAACUGCAAUGUGCGAGAAUCAGCAGGCAACUCCUAUGUGGCGAAUUGUAAGUUUCUAUUUCUUUGUAAUUCUGAGUUGAUUAGAAAAUCAGCUUAAUUUUCUAACGAAUUGGGAGCGAUUAGAGGUAAUCGAGUCACAGUGAAACUCUUACGGCCUAUUCAGACUUCAACGCUUCAUUCUCAGACUCCAAUAUGCAGUGAAACUCCGAUGGGCGUCGAUGCACUCAAGGCCCACAAAUCCCCUUUGGAUGUUGUCGAACUCGUGGUACGGGAACUGGAAAACAAUGAAUACUUCAAUGCUGGUAGAGGAUCUGUUCUAACCAGCAAUGGUACAGUAGAAAUAGAAGCAUGUAUCAUGGAUGGGAAUAUGAAAAACUGUGGAGCUGUUUCUGGCCUAACCAUUGUUGUCAAUGCUAUAGCUUUGGCUAGGCUGGUCAUGGAAAAAACUCCACAUAUAUAUCUUGCACUUGAGGGAGCGGAAGCAUUUUCUAGGGAGCAGUGAUCUUUUUUUCAAUUAGAUGUUGAUUCGACUAGAGUCAAUGAAGGUUGUGGAGAAGUUUGAAGAAAGCUUGUGGAAGAGCUAGAAGAAUUGUUCGGGAAAAGAAGAAGAAGGUGAUAUUAGAGAUUUCAGUUGAUAAAGAGAGGCAGAGAAGCCGACUAAGGUUGUUCCCUCAACAAAGCCAUCAAAUAAUUUGGAACUAAUCGCUUGAAACUGUAAUCCAUUUCCAAACAAGAAGAAACUCACAAGAGGAGACAAACGGAAGACACUUGCUAGAGAGGAGAAAUACACAACAGUGAGAAGAUUAAAUUGUACUUUUCAGGACAAUUACAUUUUGGUCACAUGACGUAUUAGUUUGUUAUAAAUUGAUUGGAUUAGUGACAAAUUUGUCCCAGUAUUACCUUCUUAUCAAUAGUAUAUUUCAUUCUUUGACUACA